AAUAAAGUGCAAAUUUAAGUUGGAUUUAGAAAACUGAAAAUGGCCAAAAGCAUCAUAAGCAAGAUUUUCUCUACAACUUUUCUUCUUGUUCUCAUGAUUAUGAUAUCCCACACUGCGGAGUCGGCUUUGCUAACGGCCGACAUUACAAAGGCCGAUGUUGGGCAUAACGGUAACAUAGUCAAGGUCAAACCGACGCAUAUUAGCGUUGCAAAGAAAGGUGAAGGCCUAGCACGCGUCCACACGGAAGGAGUAAAUGUGGGUAAACAUGGUAGUAUAGCAAAAGUCGGAGAUGCAAACGUCUUUGUUGCACAAAAAGGUCAUGGUAUAGUAGAUGUCCACCACGAUGAUAUAGACGUGGGUAAAGACGGAUCGAUUGCACAUGUCGAGAAAAAUGAGAUCAGCGUAGGCAAACAUGGUCAUCCAACAGUAGACCUCGGAAAAGUUCAGGCUCAUGCUCUCAGGGGCAAUCACCAUUGAUCCUAAAAAGCUCAAAGCCCCUUGUUUAAUUAGCUCCCUCACUACCAUUGCGGAGCUCAAAGAAAAAAUGUUAUUUUGCCAUGUUUCGCGGCUGGCUAUAUCUUUUAUAUUUAUGUAACUUGUUGUAAUGUUUUUUUGUUGUUUUUCUCUUUUCUUUAUGUAUUUGUACUCUGCUACCAAACUGGUUAGUUGCUGUUCCUUUUCAAUAAAUUUCCAAUUCCAAGAAAAGGUUAAUUGUUUUUUG